AUGAAGCUCCAGCUGGCACUUUUUGGCCUCUCCGCCAGUCGAUCAACCGAUCUCUGGAGCCCUGAAGAAGAUCGUCUCUGGACUCCUGAUGUCACCGAAAUCAUCGGCAUCGAUCUCACCGAAGGAGCCCCAUCUCAAUCCUGGACAGUUCCAGUCGACGACAUCGGCCGAUACGCCCACGACCAGUACAUCCGAGUCAAUGUCAACGCUCCGGAAUUGUGGAAGAUCACCGCUUCUUUCGAGAAUUUUCAUCUUGAAGGAAAGGAUUGGAGUGGCGAGUGUACAAACGAUGCGGCGAUUAUCUACGAUGGACCAGAUGGAAACGAGAAGAUUACAGAGUACUGUGGGAGUGGAUCCAAAGCGCCAGUUACAGGAACGAACAACGUGAUGACUCUCGUGCUCAAAACAAACGAGCCAACCAUCUCGUUCACUGGCUUCACCGUCACUUUCACUGCUGAGCCCAUGCCUGAUAUCGAAGCAGCGUGGUUCCAGAUUGUCGAUGAAAUGGGAAAACUUCAGAGUAUGAUUUUCGACGCUCACGCCCACAAAAAAGAUCAUAUUCAGAUGAAAAAGGCUCGUCACAUCCAGCUAAUCUUCCAACGAUACGCCUGGUUCCGCGAUGAAAGCCUCGAGCUUUGCGAAACAUACGCUGGCUCUGGCGAUCCAAAUGCCUUUGUCGCUCCCUACGUCGACACGAAUGACAAGUGCGGAUCCGUCGCCUCCUUUGUUCAUGCUCUUAGGACCUUCCACGAUGCCUUCGUCUGCCGAGACAACACUCCUUUCUCGAUGGCAGAUAAAAGACCAAUUAGGGUACAAAACAGGUUAGAUCGACAGGAGAACUUCUUCCGAAAGCGAAAAUUUGUCAACAUGGGAUGUAACUAA